CCCAUAAAUCCUCCUUCCAACGUAUUGCGUCAUUACAUACGUCGGUUGAUGAAUUUCAAUAUGGAGGACUUCGCAGCGGUAGAAAAGAGUCCGGAAGAAAUGCCAGCAGUGCUGAGCUCCAGACCUCAGACAGGUUUGUCCUUCCUAGCACCAGAGCCAGAAGAUCUUGAGGAUCUGUACAGCAGAUACAAGAAGCUGCAGCAAGAGCUGGAGUUUCUGGAAGUGCAGGAGGAGUACAUCAAAGAUGAGCAGAAGAACCUGAAGAAAGAGUUCUUGCAUGCCCAAGAAGAGGUGAAGAGGAUCCAGAGCAUUCCACUUGUCAUUGGCCAGUUUCUUGAAGCUGUUGAUCAAAACACCGCCAUUGUUGGUUCAACUACAGGAUCCAACUACUAUGUGCGCAUCCUGAGCACCAUCGACAGAGAGCUACUUAAGCCCAAUGCUUCAGUGGCUUUGCACAAGCACAGCAAUGCCCUGGUUGAUGUUCUCCCUCCUGAAGCUGACAGUAGCAUCAUGAUGCUGACCUCAGAUCAAAAGCCGGAUGUGAUGUAUGCUGACAUUGGCGGCAUGGACAUUCAGAAACAAGAAGUUCGGGAAGCAGUGGAGCUGCCCCUAACACAUUUUGAACUCUAUAAACAGAUUGGUAUUGAUCCACCCAGGGGUGUCCUUAUGUAUGGACCUCCAGGCUGUGGAAAGACCAUGUUGGCUAAGGCUGUGGCACAUCACACUACAGCGGCGUUCAUCCGUGUGGUUGGCUCAGAGUUUGUUCAGAAGUACUUGGGUGAAGGUCCUCGUAUGGUACGUGACGUCUUCCGACUGGCAAAGGAAAAUGCUCCUGCCAUCAUUUUUAUCGAUGAGAUUGAUGCCAUCGCCACAAAGCGAUUUGAUGCACAGACCGGAGCUGACAGGGAGGUUCAGAGAAUCCUGCUUGAGCUGCUUAAUCAAAUGGAUGGCUUUGAUCAGAAUGUCAAUGUGAAGGUGAUCAUGGCGACCAACAGAGCAGACACACUGGAUCCUGCACUACUACGUCCUGGUCGUCUGGAUAGAAAGAUUGAGUUCCCGUUGCCUGACCGCAGGCAGAAACGUCUUAUUUUCUCCACCAUCACUAGUAAAAUGAACCUGUCUGAGGAGGUCGACCUGGAGGACUAUGUUGCAAGGCCAGACAAGAUCUCAGGAGCCGAUAUCAAUUCCAUCUGCCAAGAGGCUGGAAUGCUGGCAGUGCGUGAAAACCGGUAUAUCGUCCUGGCCAAAGACUUUGAAAAAGCUUACAAGACUGUCAUUAAAAAAGAUGAGCAAGAGCAUGAGUUCUACAAGUAGAGAGGGGAAAAAAAAUCUGGGGGACGAAAUGGGUGUUCAGACAUGAUUAUUGAUUUUUGUCUAUAUCUAAAGCGUGUCUUGUAAAUCUUCUAUUCUGACUUGCAUUGAUUUUUUUUUUUUUUUCUUUUCACUAAAUUUAUUCACUGCAGCACAAGACUCUGUCAGACUAAACUCAUCCACAGCCUGGUGAAGAAAUGCUGCCAUGAAAUGGGAGUGUUUUUAAUUUUGUACAGGCACGUUGGUGGGUCUUGAGAAUAUUUGGCCAUUACUGUACUUAGGAUAAACCAUUUGUAUCUGUAGUACUUGCAUAUUAAGACAAUUGAAAUCUAUUAAAGAUGUUUUA